CCCACUUCGAGACGUAUUUUGAAGGAUUUCAAGGAGGUUUCUGUACAGUUUUUUUUUUGUUUUGUCGCAUUAUUUUUUGUUGUAGUUUUGUAUUAAUAUUUUUUUUAUAAGAUAGAGAGUGGGUUUAGUCAGAACGGCCGAGCAGGACGUGUUAAAGUGUUAAACGAUGUGUUAAACGGCUAAUAAGACAAUUGUCGGACGGGGGAUCGUUUAGAAAGUAAUGACGUAAACUCGGAAUCCACCUUCGGCCCGUUUCGAAUACUUUCCAGGUGAGUAAUCGCGCCCGUUCUCCGGCGGUGGGAACUCGGGAGCCGUGCCUCGGAGCGUUCAUACGGUAGAAAUGCAGACGAGAAACUCCUGAGAUGCCUUUCAAGCUCCGUUUGAAGAAGAGCAGGCAGUACAACGUCGUCUCAAAGUCGCUCUUCGUCAUCUGCGUCGAGCUCCUCGACGGCGCGACCAUCGAGUGCACACUCUCUUCGGAGAGCGUCGGACGCGAAUGCCUCGACAACGUCUGCCAGCGGCUCGGACUCCAGCAGCCCGAGUUUUUCGGACUGCGGUACGUCAACCGGCACAAUGCGCCUCGUUGGGUCGAAAUGGAGCGUCCGCUCAAAAAACAGUUGGACAAGUACGCCCGAGACUCCAACCUGUACAUCAGGGUCAUGUAUUACGUCUCCGGUAUCAGCCUUAUACAGGAUGAAAUGACCAGGUACCAUUAUUUUCUCCAACUGAAGAAAGAUGUCAUCGAAGGCCGUAUAAACUGCAACUUAAAACAGGCCAGCAAACUUGCAAGCUACUGUAUGCAAGCGGAGUUUGGGAACCAUGACUUGGAACGGCACACAGCUGAAUAUUUGAAAGAUUUUGCCUUGUUUCCUAAGCACCUGGAAGGACACCUGGAAAGCCUGACGCAGGCAGUAAUUCUACAACAUGCUGCUCUUGCCGGCCUCCCUCAAGGCACUGCAGAAGAAUAUUACAUUCUUGCAGUUCAACAGCUUGACGGCUACGGGCAAGAGACAUUUCUUGCAAAGGACGACAGUGGGAAUGAAGUGAUAAUUGGAGUAUCGCUUACUGGUAUUGUCAUCAGGUAUGAGAACAACACUCCGUCGAAAUUUUACAAGUGGAAAGACAUAACAAACGUGGUAAACCACAAAAGGUACUUCGGUAUGGAAUGCCAGGACCCAGCCGACUCCACCCAGUACCAACUGCCUGAUGUAGAAACUGCCAAAUAUAUCUGGAGAAUGUGUGUACAUCAGCACACCUUUUUUAGACAGAAUGAUGCAAAUGCUAACGAAACUGGCAAUACGGCGCAAGUUGUUAGAAGCUUGUUUACUCAGCUUGCUAAUGAGGAUGGGCAACUGGGAAGUAGUCAUGAAGAGCUGGACAGGGUUGACAACGUGCCGGAUCGUCUGGUCGAUAUGCAAAAAGCUCAAUCGACAUCAUGCUUAGAUCUCGCACACACCAAUCAUCUCGAGGCGGACAGACUCAGGGCGAUGUUACCUUCUUACCGCCCUGCGCCAGAUUAUGAAACGGCAAUUCAGAGCAAAUAUAGAGGCCAUGCCAUGAUGUACAGCAGCCAGCCGGAAAUACACCAAACCAAUCUCCACGAGAAUUCUGGCUAUGGCAAUGCGUUCAAACGCUUCCCUGAUGUAACAGGAAUGGAAAGAGUUUACCUAGAACAGCCCGAAAAGAGCCACCUUUCUCAUACCAUCCAGACAAUUCACACUUAUAGUACGCCAGAAUUAGAUGCAGCGGAUGGGAAUGUGGUAAUGCAACUUUAUAAGCCGCCUCCGCCUUACAAACCUAACAGCAACUCGACUCCCGAUCUGGCGUCGCAGCCCCUCCAGCAGACUCACGCUUUCGUAAGCGCGCAGGUGAGCGGCUCGAGCCCUGACCUGGUUUGCUUGCGCGGCCGCCAGGUCAGCCUCGGAGGGCCUCAGUACUUCCUUCCCAACCCACAGGCCCACAGAACGUAUGCCAACCUUGCCGCCCUCGUCGACCAGCAACAUUUGGAUGAUGUUGGUGGGAAUAACAUACUAUACUACAUGGGCAACAUAGGCAGGGCCAACCCGAUUGUCCUCCAACCAUCUGGGCGUCCGCAGGUUGCGAUCAGGCAAAAUUUCAACCAUAGGCAAGGAGGGGUCAACGAACCGAUUUACGAGAACGUACCGCUGCCUUGGGUGUCCGAAGGGAACGAACCGAGGAGCAGAGCCGCAAGCAUUCAGUCGGCACCGGAGAUGCGGGUCAUCCCAGAGGUGACAGUUAACAACAACAAUACCAAUAAUAAUAACAACAACAAUCAGACUCCGAUCCAGCAGCCGGCCACACAAGUCCACAGGGAAUCGGUGGAUAAAACCCAUCUUGAAGUUUCAUUCGACUCAUCAGCAAGGAGUAGUGAUGGUUCAACAAGUGGCACGCUGGGCAAAACAAAUAAAAGCAAAGGUCGUAAAUGGGCUACACUGCUUGGCGGAGGCAAGAGCAAGCAGUCGACUCUUCCAAAACAAGGCGAUGCACCGAGGAUCCCGCUUCCUACUACAAUUUCUAAAGAAGCAAUGUGUCAGCUACUUGAGAAAAAACUUGCUGAUACACAAUUAUUUUUUGAGUAUGAAAAAAUUCCUAAACAGAAAAACAACAGUGAUUUCACAACUGCAACCCUGCCAGAAAAUAUUUCUAGGAACAGGUUCAAUGAUGUUUUGCCAUAUGAAGACAAUAGAGUUCGAUUAGCACCGAGCAAAGAAAACCGUUAUGGUUAUAUAAAUGCUUCACAUAUAACUGCUACAGUAGGUUCCCAGCAGAGGUUUUACAUUGCUGCACAGAGCCCCUUGGCAUCGACAAUCGGUGCAUUUUGGCAGAUGGUCUGGGAGUCGGAAGUAUACUUGGUCAUCUCGCUUCCGGCACCGGGUGAGGAAAUCGCACCCUACUUGCCUACAUCCGACAGGAUUUUACACACAGGACAUUUUGAAGUGCUCUCUCAAUUUUCACAAGCAACAGGGCAUUGUGCGACAAGCAAGCUUCGUCUACAGCAUGUAGAUUCGAGGUCGUCACGAGGCGUUUGGCACCUGCAGUAUACCGAGUGGGGCCACCAGGGCUGCCCGAACACAGUUCCUCAUUUUUUGGGUUUCCUAGAAGAACUCAGUUCAGUCCGGCAGCAUACCAUUACAGAGAUACCAGCAGGGCAUAACCGCAAUCCUCCGGUGCUCAUCCACUGUAGCAGCGGCGUCGGGCCAACGGCUGUCACCAUGCUUAGCGAUCUGCUGCUUUUUACUCACGACCAUAACCAGGAACUGGAUGUCGCUCGAGUAGUCUACCUGUUGAGGUUGCAGCGCAUGCUCAUGAUUCAAAAUAUAUCCCAGUACCGAUUUGUGCACAGCCUGCUCAUUUAUUACCUCAAGAAUUCUAGGCUCAUUUAACACAAUUUUGUAUUAUCUUCUUUUUUUUAAUCAAUAUUUUUAUGUAGAUUCAUUAUCGGAUAUUUAAUUUUUAAAAAAGUAUUUAAGUGGACUUUCAGUCUACAGUUUUAGCUUUAAAACGGCCCCACCUGCCCCAGUGCCAAAUCGGGCCGAGUGCCUUAUCUUCAAGUAUAAAAGCGGGUUGUUCUAAUUGCUCAGAUUUGUAAUCGACGAGAAAAGUGGAUUGUUGAAAUUCAAAUUGUCUUUCACGAGUACAAAGUAAAAAUAUUUUUGUCAAGCUUUUUCAA